AUGAACGAGGAAUAUGGAAAGAGAAACUCUGGGGAUAUCUCAUCUUCACCAGCACCUCCUCUACUGAGACCACCCAUCCCAGGCAACAGAAGCAAUGGAGGGCCACGGACUCCCCGCCUCGGGCUUGCUAUACCCCCUUCUCCAAGUCAGAAGCCUGUGUCCAACAAUGACACUGUACCUAAUCUGCCUCCACUCGCCUCCAUCCAGCGACCCUCCGCCCGACCCGCGCCUCCUCAACUGAGACUAGCCACACCAAUGGGAAGCAAUACCACACCACAAGAAGGGCACUCCAUGGCGAAUGCCCGGCCGCCGCCGCAACCGCAUCCAGUCAGUGGGGUAAGCGAUGGUAGUGGGCACUCAAGAUCGGAUAGCUUUGCCAUAGUAGAUGGCAAGAAUAGCAAUCCUACAUCGGCUUCGUCAUCCGGCUUCUCGGCUCUAUCAUACCCCACAAGCACACAUCGACACCCAAGCGGGACCCCAGAUCCAGCUUCUGCAAUCAGCUCAGCCUACUCGGAAGCAGGAGGUGCAGCUAUGGAAAGAGAAGGAAGCAACCAUAUACUACCGGAUCUGGAGAAAUUGAGCUUGGAGAAGGGGAGGAACUUCGAUGUGGAGGAUCUGGACGAUGAUGGUUGGAGGGCAGCGAGUGAGCAGAAGAAGAUCAUCGAGAUUGGAAGCUUGGGAGAAGGAGCUGGGGGUGCCGUUACGCGGUGCAAGCUCGUCGGUGGGAAGACUGAGUUCGCACUGAAGAUAAUAACCACAGAUCCCAAUCCAGAUGUCAAGAAACAGAUAGUACGAGAGCUAGCCUUCAACAAGGAUUGCUCCUCGGAACACAUUUGUCAGUACUACGGAGCAUUCAUGGACGAUUCUAGCGGUACAAUAUCAAUUGCUAUGGAGUACUGUGAAGGAGGAAGUCUCUACGGCGUCUACCGGGAGGUCAAGAAACUUGGAGGCAGGACCGGCGAGAAGGUACUCGGGAAAGUAGCCGAAGGCGUCCUGAACGGCUUAACAUAUCUACAUGGCCGCAAGAUUAUUCACAGAGAUAUUAAACCUUCCAACAUCCUCCUGACUCGUUCCGGUCAAGUCCGCCUUUGCGACUUUGGCGUUAGUGGCGAAUUCGGCACCAAAGGAGACGCCAAUACCUUCAUUGGCACCUCCUACUACAUGGCCCCUGAGCGCAUCACUGGUAAAUCCUACACGAUCACCUCCGACGUCUGGUCCCUCGGUGUCACUCUUCUGGAAGUGGCCCAACACCGCUUUCCAUUCCCCGCCGAUGGCACGGAAAUGCAACCGAAGGCGGGGUUGAUUGAUCUGCUUACUUAUAUAGUAAGGCAGUCGAUCCCGAAGUUGAAGGAUGAGGAGGAGAAUGGGAUCAAGUGGAGCGAGAACUUUAAAUAUUUCAUUGAGUGCUGUUUGGAAAAGGAACCAUCACGAAGAGCAACUCCAUGGCGCAUGCUCGAACAUCCCUGGAUGGUUGAGAUGCGCGGCAAGAAAGUCAAUAUGGAGCAUUUCUUGCGACAAGUUUGGGACUGGAAGGAUUAA